AAUUUGUAACAUGCCAUAAUUUCUUCACCGGUGUGCGCGCGUCUCUCUCUCUCUCUCCCUCCGUGUGUGUGUGUGUGUGUAUGUGUGUAUGUGUGUAGCCCCGGAAAUCAGAUGUCAUUACCCGACGCGGCUAAUUCGGCGAUUAUUCCUGCUCUUUGGGUUUUGGACAAUGCCAGCGGCCGGGACCAGCCGCACCUUCACGAUCGGAUCCUCGGCGUCGCUGCCUGUUUGCUCUGAAGAAGCUUCCUAGGAUUGUCCGCUUGAUGGUAGCUGUAGCUGACAGAGACUGCAGUUGUCAUUGAUCCGCUGCCAGAGCCUCUCCUGAUAGUAAAGGAAUAAAUUCAGAGCCAAGAUGAUGUGCGAGGUGAUGCCGACCAUCAGCGAGGACACGGCGCUGAGCCAGCGCGGCUCUCAGAGCAGCGCCUCGGACCCGGACUCCCACUUUGAGCAGCUGAUGGUCAACAUGCUGGACGAGAGGGACCGGCUGCUGGACACGCUGAGGGAAACCCAGGAGAGCCUCGGGCUGGCCCAGCAACAUCUUCAGGACGUCAUCUACGACCGUGACUCGCUGCAGCGUCAGCUCAGCUCCGCCCUGCCACAGGAGUUUGCUGCGUUGACCAAGGAGCUGAACGCCUGCAGAGAGCAGCUGCUGGAGAAGGAGGAGGAGAUCUCAGAGCUCAAAGCCGAGAGGAACAACACCAGGCUACUGCUGGAACAUCUGGAGUGCCUGGUGUCCAGACACGAGCGGUCGCUUCGCAUGACGGUGGUCAAGCGGCAGGCUCAGUCUCCCUCGGGGGUGUCCAGUGAAGUUGAAGUCCUCAAAGCCCUCAAAUCCUUGUUUGAACACCACAAAGCCCUAGAUGAGAAGGUAAGAGAGAGACUACGAGUGUCACUCGAGAGGGUGUCCGCCUUGGAGGAGGAGCUGACAGCAGCCAAUCAGGAGAUUGUGGCCUUACGGGAACAGAAUGCUCAUAUCCAGAGGAAAGUGGCGUCUGGAGAGGGAGGAGAGGACAUACUGGAGGGUAGUGAAGCUCAACAGAAGGUCCACAGCAAGCGUCUGUCAAAUGGCUCUCUGGAGUCGGCCCACGAGGCGAGCCAGGUGGUGGAGCUGCAGGACCUGCUGGAGAAGCAGAACUACGAGCUGGCCCAGAUGAAGGAGCGCAUGUCCUCCCUCUCCUCCCGGGUCUCCGAGGUGGAGCAGGAGCUGGAGACCGCCCGCAAGGACCUCAUCAAGUCGGAGGAGAUGAACAACAAGUACCAGAGGGACAUCAAAGAGGCCAUGUGUCAGAAGGAGGACAUGGAAGAGCGGAUCGUCACGCUGGAGAAACGCUACCUGAGCGCCCAACGGGAGUCCACCUCGGUGCACGACAUCAACGACAAACUGGAGAACGAGUUGGCCAACAAGGAGGCGUUCCUCAGACAGAUGGAGGAGAAGAACAGGCAGCUACAGGAGAGGUUAGAGCUGGCGGAGCAGAAGCUUCAGCAGACCAUGAGGAAGGCCGAGACGCUGCCGGAGGUCGAGGCCGAACUGGCCCAGAGGAUAGCAGCCCUCACCAAGUCUGACUCCAGCUCCUCUUCCUCCCCUGAUGAUUAUCACUUUGUUAUGGAAGCUAAACUCCAAGACAUGAACUCCAUUCUUAGGAAGGCGGAGGAGCGUCACGGGAGCAUCGAGGAGCGAAUGAGGCACUUGGAAUGCCAGCUGGAGGAGAAGAACCAGGAGCUGCUACGGGCUCGGCAGAGAGAAAAGAUGAACGAAGAGCACAACAAGCGACUCUCGGACACGGUGGACAGACUCCUCACAGAAUCCAACGAGCGUCUCCAGCUGCACCUGAAGGAGCGAAUGGCAGCUCUGGAGGAGAAGAACAUGUUAAUUCAAGACUCGGAAGGUUACAGGAAACAGUACGAGGAGUCAAUCCAGGAGAAAACGCAGCUUGCAGAGGAGAUUGAGAAACUGAGAUCAGAGCUGGACCAGUUCAGAUUGAGGGCAGGAUCCCUCACAGAACCCACCCUGUCAAGGUCUCAUCUGGACACGUCGGCCGAGCUUCGGUUCUCGUUGGGAUCUUUGGCCGAGACCCAGUCGGACCACUACCGCUCGGCCAAGGUCAUCCGCCGGCCGAGGAGAGGUCGAAUGGGUCUGCGUGAAACCAAGGCCAAGUCGCUGGGGGAGCAUGAAUGGCGCUCACAACAGCUGGGGGUUCUGGGAGGUCACCACUUCGAGAGCGACACGGAGAUGUCGGACAUCGACGACGACGACAGGGAAACGCUGUUCAGCUCCAUGGACCUGCUCUCGCCCAGCGGCCACUCCGACGCGCAGACUCUGGCCAUGAUGCUGCAGGAGCAGCUGGACGCCAUCAACAAGGAGAUCCGGCUGAUACAGGAGGAGAAGGAGUCCACAGAGCUGCGGGCGGAGGAGAUUGAGAACCGGGUGGCCAGCGUCAGCCUCGAGGGGCUCAACCUGGCCCGAAUGCAUCACCACGGAGCCUCCAUCACUGCCUCGGCCACCGCCUCCUCCCUGGCCUCCUCCUCCCCGCCCAGUGGACACUCCACUCCUAAGCUUGAUCCCCGAAGCCCCGCCCGAGACAUGGAGCGCAUGGGGGUCAUGACACUGCCGAGUGAUCUGAGGAAACACAGGAGAAAGAUAGCGGCAGUGGAAGAGGACGGCCGCGAGGACAAGGCCACCAUCAAGUGUGAGACGUCCCCUCCUCCAACGCCGCGCACGGUCCGAAUGACACACACACUGCCAGCCUCCUCGCACAAUGACGCACGAGGGAUCGUGGCCUCUCUGGAGGCCGAGGCCAGCGCCUUGAGCAGCGUAGCCAGCAGCCAAGACUCCCUCCACAAGCAGCCAAAGAAGAAGGGCAUCAAAUCCUCCAUCGGGCGGCUGUUCGGCAAGAAGGAGAAAGGCCGACUGGCGCAUCUCGCACACAGACAGGUCAUGGUAGAUCCACAAGCGACCAUGAUGGAUGCAGACAUGGCGGGCCAGGACAUGGGAGUGGGCAAGCUGGGAACUCAGGCUGAGAAGGACCGCAGGUUGAAAAAGAAACACGAGCUAUUGGAGGAGGCCAGGAGAAAGGGUUUACCUUUCGCCCAAUGGGACGGCCCGACAGUUGUAGCCUGGCUGGAGCUGUGGUUGGGGAUGCCGGCGUGGUACGUGGCGGCGUGCCGUGCCAACGUGAAGAGCGGCGCCAUCAUGUCGGCCCUCUCCGACACCGAGAUCCAGAGGGAGAUCGGCAUCAGCAACCCUCUGCACCGGCUCAAGCUCCGCCUGGCCAUCCAGGAAAUGGUCUCCCUCACCAGCCCCUCGGCCCCGCCCACCUCCAGAACCCCGUCAGGCAAUGUAUGGGUGACCCAUGAGGAGAUGGAGACCCUGGCAGCUCCUUCCAAAACGAAGUCAGAGUCUGAAGAGGGGAGCUGGGCACAAACUCUAGCUUAUGGCGAUAUGAACCAUGAGUGGAUAGGGAACGAGUGGCUGCCCAGUCUAGGACUACCUCAGUACCGCAGCUACUUCAUGGAGUGCCUGGUGGAUGCCCGCAUGCUGGACCACCUCACCAAGAAGGACCUGAGGGUGCACCUCAAAAUGGUGGACAGCUUCCACAGAACAAGUUUACAGUAUGGAAUCAUGUGUCUGAAGAAGCUCAACUAUGACAGGAAGGAGCUGGAGAGACGCAGGGAGCAAAGCCAGCAUGAAAUGAGAGACGUGCUGGUGUGGAGUAAUGAGCGGGUCAUCCGUUGGGUGCAGAGCAUAGGCCUGAGGGACUACGCCAACAUCCUUCUGGAGAGCGGCGUGCACGGAGCUCUGGUCGCCCUCGACGACAACUUUGACUACAGCAGCCUGGCGCUGCUCCUCCAGAUCCCCAACCAAAACACUCAGGCACGUCAGAUUCUGGAGCGAGAGUACAACAAUCUGCUGGCCCUGGGCACCGACAGGCGACUGGAUGAGUGUGACGACAAAGAUUUCCGAGGUCCAUCGUGGAGGAGGCAGUUCCCGCCCCGAGACGUUCACGGUAUCAGUAUGAUGCCCGGAUCAGCAGAGACUCUCCCUGCUGGUUUCCGUCUCACCGCAACGUCCGGUCAUUCCCGGAGGCUGCCACCUGAGGUCGGACCCUCUGCGGUGCAGCGGCUGGACAGCUCCACGGUGAGAACCUACUCCUGCUGAGAGGAGGAGGAAGAGAGGGACCUUAAACUGUACACUGUACAGUUCUGAAUGGAGCUGCUGGACGGGCCACCCUGCCGAGGAACAAACCAUUCUGACGACACGCACUGCCAAGAAGCCCUGCUCUCCUCUCUGACCCCACCCCCCCUCCCUCCCUGCUCUGUCCCCUAUAAUGUAGGCACCAGAUGCCGGUGCUAAACUGUCCUGCAGGCUGCCCCCCCGUUGUCACCAUUUCUACCUUUUACAUGUACAGUAACUUGUCAAAGCAUAACGUACUGUGUAUUUCUUCUACAGGAGAUGUGUAGGUUAUCUGUAAAUUAAUAUAAAUAUGCCAUUUUUUAAUAUAUACACACACAUCUAUGUAUAAAAAAAAGUUAUUCAGAGUUUGUGCAAAAAAAAUGUCCCUGCCACCUCAUUUAGUGGACCAUAGAUUAAUAUAUGCUGCUCUUUAAACUGUCUCCAUAUUAUCCUGCUCCCCCUAGAUCAUUUUGUACAUAUGGUUUUAUUUUUUCAUUGUGCUGAUGAUUAUGAUGAUGAACCUGUGCUGCACCAUAUAGAGAGGAAGAGACUCUGGAUGUUGUGUGAAAACCUGCCCUCUAGUGGUUAACAAAAACCACUUCGAGCCCCAUUUCUGACACCAACAAACUUCAUUAUCCUUUCUUAUGGACUCGCUAUCAUAAAAAAAGGAGCAUUUUAAAGAGGAUGCAUCAACGCACUGGAACGACACGACAAGCACUUUGAUACAACCGCAUCAACUCAACGGACUAUUCAGUAGCCAAGGACAAAACAAAGAGAUGCUGUUGCUCUCUCGAAGUUGCACAAAACUUCUUCUCAGAGAACAAAAAAAAAAAAAAAAAAAAGCAGGAGGUCGUUCGUAGAACCUGUCACUUGUUGUACUGUAUGUUUUGUCAGGAGAUACAUCUAACACAAAAAGGACAAAAACACACUCAGCCAAGCUGGCCUUCUCCCCCUCAUCCUUCAGACACCACGUCAACAGAACAGAGGAAAUAACUGAAAGACAGACUGCUUUAGCUCAUAGUGUGCGUAGAGUGUAUAUGACCAUGUUGAAGUGAGGUGACUUUUAAUGACAAAAAACCUGUUUCUUGCUGUGACUUACAUUGGUGUAACUGUUAACUCUUUGUUUCCGUCAGAGUUUCCAGGGUAACCUAUUGUACAGCCCUGUUAUCUGUCUUUUAGUUAUUUCUGAUGGAUGACUCAAAACAAGUCUUACGCUUUUAAUUUUGUUUUUACAUCUUCAAUUUGCACGAACAACGAAUCAUUUUAUUUUGUGUUCAUUUGUUUUGUUUUUUUUUUAUUUAUUACUUCUUGUACUUUGGUCAAAACUAAGUGGUGAGCAAACAAAUUUUCAUUGUCAAUAAAAAAAAACUGUCAGUGAA